CUGAAUAUACAAGCGUCAGACAUAGACAGAGAUCAAAUAAACAUCCUACUGUGUGGACCACCAGGACAUGGCAAAAGCUCAACUGGAAACUCCAUCUUGGGUUCUGCAGCAUUUUCAGUGUCCUCCGAUGGCGAAACCGAGACCACAGCAGCAGAGGUAAAAUCGACAACAUAUGAAAGCUACAAAGUCAAAGUUGUUGACUGUCCACCCACUCCAAGAGAGAAGCCCGGCAAGAGGAAUGUCCUAGUAUCGUGCGAAUCAAUGAUGCCGAAGUUAUUGAAAUUGUGCCCAAAAGGCUUCCAUGCAGUUAUAGUUGUUUUACAGUACGGAAGUCGCUUUUUUGAAGAAGAGGAAUAUGCAAUGGCCAUGCUGAAAGAAAUGUGUGGGGAACAAUUCAUCAAACGUCAUUGUAUUUGUGUGAUCAGUCAUGGAGAUAUGUUUAAAAAAGCAAUGGAGAAAUCUAGCCCUCAAGGUGCGGCGCUGGAUUUCAACAGUUGGUGUAGAAAACGCAGCCCAACUUCAGUUCUUGGAAGAAUUUUCGCAGCCUGUGAGUACAGAUGUGUCCUGUUCGAUAACUUCACGAAUGACGUAAACACUAAAAAAGCACAAGUGCGACAAAUGAUGUCCAUGAUCAUCGACUCCUGGCCUAAAAGGAGCCUGAGGGUUGUGGUGUCUGUUAAUCCCAACAUGCGCAUCAAAGCAGAUAUCCACAUUCUGAUUGAGACAGCACCUAGUUACGACGAAUACCAAAGUCAGCUGAAGUUUGCUGUAAACUAUACAUCAAGAUACAAGAUAGGCCCAGACACCGCCCGUGCUUGUGUGAUGAUUUUUGGCCAGGAUGAUCAUUUGAGAUUUGAUUUUUCAAUGUUCAACACGCACGAACAGCUGGCACAGACACUUCUUAGAGCUCCAUUUCUGAAGCUAAGCUCUGGCACCGACAAAGCUUUAAGGCUUGCUCGUCAAGAGUCAUUCGGUUCAUCUGGCCGAAUACGUCACGACGUCAAACAAAUGGUUGUUAUGGUUACUGAAGGACGCACUGCAGACGAAAGCAAAACAAUUGAAGAAGCAGAUCAGUUGAAGAGUUCGGGAGCUGGGAUUAUAGUUGUUGGAGUCGCUAGUGUCAAUCGGAGCAUAUUGACAGCUAUUGCAUCUGACGCAACACAUGUUUACAUAGCAGAUACUUACGUGGAACUUCUAGAACUCACAAUAGAAAUUGCACAAAAGACAGCCGAAGAAGCUCCUCAGUACCGGGCAAGAGCAGAUAUUUUGUUUAUCUUGGACUCGUCUGGCAGUAUCAGUCCUGCAGAUUACCAAAAGGGACUUGAUUUUGUGAUCUACCUGAUCUACAAUUUUAACAUUGGACCCAAUGAGGAACAUUUCAGUGUUAUGGUGUUUUCCGAUGAUUCUCAGAUACUGUUUGACUUUACUUUGACCCAUCAUGAUCAAGUGAUUAGGGGAAUUAGAGCAGCCCCACACAUGAGGCAGUCAACGAACACCGCUGCCGCCCUGGAACUUGCAAGGACACAAGUAUUCACGCCUCGUUGUGGCUGUCGUGGUGGGAAGAAGAUCGCUAUAAUUAUAACCGACGGUUGUUCUAACAACAUACAUAAGACAGCUCGUGCAGCAGAGGAGCUGAGAGAGUCCGGUGUUCUGACCCUGGCAGUUGGUGUAGGAGAUAUCAAUCCAGUUGAGCUAGCUCAUAUUGCUACCUUACCAGAAGAUGUCUACACGGUUGACAAUUACAGUGUACUUCAGACAAUUCAAGAUGAACUUACCGAGAAGACCUGUAGACUUG